UGUCUUUGGGUUUUCAUGAAAACAGAUUUUCCAGAACGUGGUCUCGGACCCUUCAAUGUUCUGAACCUGGUUUUGAGUUUAAACCCAGAUGUGACGGGUGGGCGGAGACACGUACCCAGAGGAGGAGGAGCAACGGACAGCCAGCCUUUGUGGUCCAAAGGACAAAGAGCUGCUGUGAGUGGACAGUUGUCCCUUUUGGGUCACAGAGGACAGACGGACAUUCUGCUGCCUCCUGCUUCCCUCCAGCUGCAAGACAACAUGAAGCACUGCCUGGUUCUGGUUCUGGUUCUGCUGCUCUGCUCUGGGAUGCUGCCUGAGGGUUCCGGACUUCGCUGCUACAAGUGUUCUGAUUACACGGGCCGCUGCGAGAACGUGCAGGAGUGCACGUACGAAGACUCGUGCAUCUCUCUGCAUGAAAGAGGUGGGAAGACGGUCCGUCAGUGUACCCGCUACACCGACUGCGACAUCUCCCGUCUGACCCAGAUGUUCCCGUCCAUCUCCAGCUUCACCUACAGAUGCUGCAACAGCAACUUGUGCAAUUCAGGAUCUGGCGUUGCCGUGGCGACACCGGUUGUAGCUCUGAUGGGUUCCCUGCUGAGUGUCUGCUGGUCCUGGAUGUAGAACCUGCUCUAGGUCGAUGUCAGCGUGUUUCUGCUUCUCAGGUCAAACUAAAUAAAAAACAUUUUAGUUUUUUUCUCAUUUUCUGUCAGUUUCCUAAUAAAAAGUUCACUUCCGUG